AUGUUAAGCUCUGCCUGUUCUAAAAGUGAAAGGCGACAUCCACUGAUAGACUAGUCUGUGGGUGAGACAUACGGCUGGGAAGGGCUCACUCUGACUCUGCAGCUUCCCCAGGCAGCAGGAGUAGCAGCUGAUCUUUCUGCCUCAGCCAUGGCAGAAGCUGUUACAAGACACUGGGUGGAAACUCCUGUACGCUACCAGGAGCAGUUUGCUGACCAAGAGCUGGAAGCAUACAAACUGAACCACCUUUUAUAUGCUUUGCCAGGCCCUGCUACAGCAGCACUGAGCAACCAAAAGUGCACCACGGAAAGCACGGCUGGGGCAGGGAAGAGUGGCCAGGAGGAGGAAAACACGCGCUUCCAGGUCUUGCUGGACGUUGUGCAGUUCCGUCCUGAAGAUAUCAUUAUUCAGACUUUUGAAGGCUGGCUCCUGAUUAAAGCUCAGCAUGGACCGAGGAUGGAUGAACAUGGUUUCAUAUCCAGAAGCUUUACCAGACAGUACAAAUUACCUGAUGGGGUAGAGAACAAAGACUUGUCUGCACUUUUCUGCCACGAUGGCAUUUUGGUUGUUGAAAUGAAGAACUCAGUGGGAAAGAAUUAGAACCUUUUCUAUAGUUAUUGGUGAGAUAAAUCAUGCUAAAUAUAACAAAGUAAUAUCAGUUAUGCAACGCUGUAGAUUGUGGUAAGCAUGUGGCUGUAUUUAUGUUACGGUAAAAAAAAACCUUUGCAUAUGUUUUUCGGUAUGCUGAGUUUAUUGUUUGAUGUGAAUGUUAGACUGCUUACUUCCAGCUACAUAUAUGCUGGAAAGCCACGCUUUUUGAACAGUAGCAAA